AUGUCUAAGGUCGCUCACUACAUCAAUGGACACCAGGAAUCCGUCCUGCGUUCGCACUCUUGGCGGACCGCAAAGAAUUCCGCUGAUUAUCUGUUGAGCUCACUUAAACCCGACAUGCAUAUCCUCGAUAUCGGAUGCGGACCUGGUACCAUCACGAUCGACUUUGCCACCCUCGUCCCACAGGGCUCGGUGAUUGGCCUCGAGAACGUGGAGGGCGUUCUCGAACAGGCACGCGCGAACGCAUCUGCACGCGGCGUGCAGAACGUCAAGUUUGUCGUCGGGGAUGCACUCAAAUUGGACUUUCCCGACAACACUUUCGAUGUCGUGCACGCUCAUCAGGUUCUGCAGCACGUGGGCGACCCCGUGGGCAUGCUCCGUGAAAUGCGCCGCGUCACGAAACCCGGCGGCGUCGUCGCGACACGGGAGGGUGACUUCGCCAGCUUCACCUUCUUCCCCGAGUCCGAGACCCUAGAGAAGCACAAGGACCUGCAUAUACGCACGGGCCGUGCCUUGGGCGGCGAGCCACUUGCUGGGCGUAGGCUUAUUUCAUGGGCCAUGAAGGCGGGCUUUGAGCGCUCUGCGAUUACGGCUAGCGCGAGUGCCUGGUGCUAUAGCACUCCCGAGGAACGCGCUUGGUGGGGCGGCCUUUGGGCGGACCGCGUACUGAAGUCAUCCUUCACCAGCUACGUGCUGGAAGCUGGCUUCGCGACCCAAGAGGAGCUGGAGAAGAUAGCGCAAGCGUACCGCGAGUGGGCUGCCCAUGAAGACGGAUGGUUUGGCAUGAUGCAUGGGGAAGUUCUUUGCCGCGUCUGA